AGAAGAUUAGAUGGAAGCAAUUAAAUAGUGGUAUACGAUUGUCUGUUUGUAAUAGUCAAAGUCAGCUUAAUAACUAUGGUAGACUUUCAAUUGCAAUUAUAGGCUCCUCUGACUCGUUAUAUAAAAUCAAAUGAAGUAUCACGUAGCAAAGACGAAACUAACCAAAAGCCAUCUCUCUCCGGCAACAACAGCUCACAACUCAGCUCCCUGCUUCAAAAAUUCCAGGCAUCUUAUUUACCGAUCCAGUUUAGCCCCAUCAUAUGCAAUAUGGACUUCUUCAGUUCAAAGAAAGAUGGAAAACGAUCAGGACUGUUCGGGAAGAAAAGUGCGAGCAAGAGCAAUCCGGCGACCCCUCCUCAUCCCGCCGCUGGUAGAUCUCCGCCACCUUCGUAUCUCUCCAACAAAAGAGCCGAGACAGAGUACGAUUUCCCUAUCUCCCGUGAACAAAGAACAUACCCGAAACAACCGGCGUCUGAACGCGUCCCCAACUCCCACCCUAGGCCUCCUGUGUACGGAUAUGGCACGCCUGAACGUAGAGAAAGAAAGGAGAGGAUGAGUUAUGAGCCAGAGACUAACGCUCCUUCAAGCCCCUUUCAUCCCUCUGGAAACCGCACGCCUGAACGUCGUAGAAAGUCAAGCGAGUAUAGCCGAGAACAGCAAGAUCGAACGUAUGAGGCAGAUACCCGAAGCAAUGCAAGCCCCUUUCACCCAUUCAAAAGCCCUUCUCCAUCUCCAUACCACACGCCUGAUCGCUGCAGAGAACACAAUGCAGACCACUACGAGGCAAUGUAUGAGCCUGAGGCCAAUACCAUGUUUCAGAACAGAGCUCCUGGAAGCCCAUUUCAUCAAGCUGGAAACCGCUCUCCAUCACCAUAUAGAACUCCUGAUCGUCAUAGUAACGAGCAAUUUGAAGACAUGUACGAACGAGAUGGUGAUGUAACACCACGAAACAGCUCUCCACCGAGCCCCUUUCAUCCAGCAGCAAACCGAUCACCACCACCACAAUCAUACAGAACGCCUGAUCGUCGUAGAAACCACCCUGAUGAUGAGCAAGACGGCGAAGUAACACCACGAACCAGCUCUCCACCGAGCCCCUUUCAUCCAGCCGCAAGGCGUUCGCCACCACCACCACAACAACAACCAUACAGAACGCCUGAUCGUCGUAGAAACCACCCUGAUAAUCAGCAAUCCGAGGAAGUGUAUGAGCGAGACGGCGAAGUAACACCACGAAACAGCUCUCCACCAAGCCCAUUUCAUCCAGCUGCAAGCCGUUCGCCACCACCACAGCCAUACAGAACGCCUGAACGUCGCAGCAACAACAAUCAUGGUGAUGAGCAAAUGGAAGCAAUGUAUGAGCCAGAUGGCUACGUUAUGCGGCAGGACAGCCCUCCUCGGAGUCCAGUUCAUGGAGGAGCAUACUAUUCAUCCAGUGAUGACGAUAACCACUCCACCUACCUCUUCCCAGAGAUUGGCACUCCAACUCGUUCAAUGCCAGUCUCCGCCAACACCACCCCUGUUCACCACAACUAUCAGAUCGUUGUAGCCGAAAACUAUGAGCCACCGGAGCUAGCAGACGAGUCACAGAGCUUCUCGAUCCAGGAGAUCGCCAAAAUGCGAGGACUCAAGGAAGAGAGCCAAUCGAUGAUCUCCGAGUCCUACGUAUCCGUCGCGAACUACAGAGUGAAGGCGAGCGUGGCGGAAACGCUCCAGGCGAUCAUCUCCAAGCACGGAGACAUCGCCGCCUCCUCGAAGCUCCAGUCCAACGUGACGAGGUCGUACUACCUCGAAUCCCUAGCCGCCGUAGUGAUGGAGCUGAGGACGUCGGGGCUGAAGGAUCUGACGAAAACGAGGGUGGCGGAGAUGGCGGCGGUGGUGAAAGACAUGGAGUCGGUGAAGAUCGAGGUGUCGUGGCUGAAGAAGGCGGUGGCGGAGCUGGGGGAGGCGGUGGAGUACGCGGGGGAGUACGAGGCGGCGAAGGCGGAGAGGGAGGCGUGCGAGAGGGAUCUGAAGGCGAGGAAGUGGGAGAUGGAGGAGAUGAGGGAGGAGCUGGGGAAGAGGGAGAAGGAGAUCAGGGAGUGCAGAGAGAGGGUGACGGCGGUGGCGGGAAAGCUAGGGCAGUUAGAGAUGGAAGGAUCGAGAUUGAACAAGAAUCUGGAGAUGUUUCACUCCAAAGUCGAUAAGUUUCAAGGAGAAGCCGUCCUUCUCCACGUUUAAUACACUUUUUUACAUAUCUGUUUGAAUAUGAAUAUAUAUGGGCCCAUAUAUAUGCUUGUUUUGGGUUCAAGGCCCGUGAAGCUAUAACACUGGCCCACCAACGGAUCUUAAUUGAAUGUUUUGUUUAUGUUUCUAUAUGAUUUCAUUUUCUCA